AUGGAGGGGCACGGUGUCAAGUUAGACACCCUUAAGGAGUGUCUCAUGUUCCUGGAGUGGUUGCAUAGUGACAAACAGGGUAUCAUUAUGAAAGGUUUGAUCGCCAGUCGCCUUGCUAGGCUCCUCGAGAAGAGGUAUAAGAAUGUUAGUCAACCUCCAAUUGAAUCCGCGCUGUCCCAAUUCCUCACUAACGUGAACAAAUUUCACACUACAUUAUGCAAAUCUGCAAAGCAGAGCACAAAUAAUCCAAAUACAACUAAAAAUGUCCUCAACACUCUGCUUGACUGCAUUCCCAAGUUCUUAGCAGUGAUGUACUUUUUGAGGUAUCAGGUGGACGAUAAGUUCAGUGCGCUGGGUGGAGGGAAGUGGAAGGACCAGAUGGUUGUUUAUAGCCAAUAUGCGGCCACUGAGAUACAGAAAUAUCUCACUGCUUCAUCAGGUUCUAAAGAUUAUGGCGUAAUUCCCGGAGGAUUCAGUUACAACGAGUUGAAACGUCUCUACCGCCAGGGUUCUUUUAUGGCCAAUGACCUUGAACAAAUUUGUCAAAAACAUUUUAGCCAACAUAAUUAUUUCUUCGACGUUUUCUCCACCUCAGUGUUGCGCUCAACAUCCGGCACAGAUAUUCCGAAUACAGCCAACGCCCUGGCGUUGGUGAGAACGUUUUGCGAGAUAGUGGCUGCAGAGGACAAGGAAGGUACUGGCGGCGGACAGAUAAAAAGUAAAUUGGAUGAGAGUUUAAAUGGUGAUACUGUUAAAAAAUGUAUUUGUUGGAGUGACUUAAAAAGUCAUUGUCAAACGCUUCAAUCACAAUUUGGCACAAUGUAUAAGACGAAUGUCUUCUCUUUUACAGGCUUUAAAAGGGACCGUGAUAGGCUUAGCGAAAAAGAGUUCGCUAAAGAAACUGCAAAAUGGUUGAGAGAGAAUUUGGCGACGGUGAAGGCUAAUUUGGAGAAGAUUAAAACAGAUAACACGAUGAAAAAUACUACAGACUAUUUCAACAAAUAUCUCUUCCCAUAUGGUUUCACAUUUGACAAAUAUAACUUCGAAAGACAGAAGGCUCAGCAAAAUGUUUUGCAAGAGAAUUGGGCCAAUGUAAUUAAUGUGCUUCGUCAGAAGGGUGACGGAUUGGAAAGGCUUAAAACAAUUUUGGAUGGUGAAGUGUGUCCACCGGAGCCUCCUCCAGAACCUGAGGUCUCCGAAUCUCCCAGGGAAGUUGUGCCGGAGAAGAAAGUUCCCAAGGUGUCACCAAAAGCUGAUGGGACUCCCAACCAAGGCAAGAAAGUGGAGGGAGCAGAGAACCAGGGCAAGAAAAGUGGGGGAGCACAGAACCAAGGCAAGAAAUCUGAGGGAGCACAGAACCAGGGUAAGAAAAGUGAGGGAGCACAGAACCAGGGGAAGAAAGCUGAGGGGAAUCAAAAUCAAAGUGGAACUAGUCUUGGAGUUCUGCCAACUGUGAAGUCUGUUGUUCACACUCAGUCAUCCGGUGAUCCAGGAGCUACAGGCCAGCCGGAGGCUGCCGGAGAGAAAGGGCCGCCGGGGCCUCCUGGUGGUCAAAGUCCGCAAGGGCCCAAAGGUGAUCGAGGGCAGCAAGGGCCUCCUGGUCCACUGACGCCGGAUCAAGGUCAAUCAGUACAACCUCAACCUCCGCCAAUUCCUCCCACUCCCCCGAGUACUCCUACUCUCCCUGCAUCCCCUGGUCCCCCUGGCUCCCCUGGUCAGCCAGGUGUCGGGGGUCAGGGUUCACCGGGCGGUGUUGUUCCAACUAUACAGCCUACUCCCCCUCGAGCCCCUGUGCUUGCUCAGUCUCCGAGUGUUUCAGGGUCAAGCUCUGGGUCAGCUAGUGGCCAGGGGAGUGGGUCACAAGGUGGUCAAGAUGUUGGUCAAACACAGAUUCCGCCUAAUAAUGUUAAAAGGUGCGAUGGUGUAUCCAUGUCUAUGAAUGGAAAGUCGGUGUGUUAUACACAGCCUACGAUUCAUAAGCCAAAUAAGUCGUCCGAAUAUUACCUUCCGUCCGAUGUUGAGGAGGAAAUUAAAAAGGCGGAAGAAGCGUAUCGGCAACAUCAAGAUGAGCAACGCAAACAGCAGGAGGCCUAUGAUCAAUAUUAUCGCAAAUUACACCGGGAAAUUGGAAUUGACACAAAACCCCUUAACCAGCAUCGUAGCAGGCCUCCAUACGCCUAUAUUGACAAACUGCGAAGUAGAAUGGUGAGUGACUUACAAGGCGAAUCUGCAAUUCAUGGCAUUCCGAUACAUGAUCUGCCGCACAAAAAAGAUAAACUAGUGCCAAUAGGAUCUAAUAGUUUCGAUGGGAGGCCCACUAUAGACCCCGACGUUCAUGCGCUUAUGCAGUAUAAACCAACGACCGAUAUUGAUAUUGUGACCGCACCACAAAAGGAUGAUACUCUUUUGCCGUUAGACGCUUUGACUAUGGAUGCAGACGAUGUUUCUAUAACAGAGGAGAUAAUUGAUCCCAUUAAAGCAUACGAAGAGCCAGAUGAGUAUUACGUUAAGUCCUUGUCCCAGUCUGCGGCGGCGACGUCUUGCUGA